AUGUCCCUCAGCAGAGCUCCGGCCCGGGACACCUCUGAGACCCCCAGCCAGACCCCCAGAGAACGCAUCCGCAGCCACAUGAAGAUGGUGAUCAACCAGCUGGACGGCAUUCUCAAAGAGCUCAAGGAUGUGGCCAAGGAACUCCGGGAGGUGGUGGGUCAGAUCGACAAGCUGACGUCAGACUUUGACUUUGACCUGGAGCCAGAUGACUGGACAGUGGCCACAGCGAGCAGCACGUCCAGCAGCGAGAGGGGCCUGGGAGAGGCCUUCAGGCUGGACUUCCUCAACCCUGACGUGCUCCCAGACAGCUGGGAGUUCUGCAGCUAUCUGGAGGCCUCCUGUGGGUGCAUCCCCACCCAGACCCAGACCCCGCCACCCACAACCGCCUCAGCCUACUCCCAAAUGAAUGGGGGGCUGCCCAUCCCUAACGGACCUCUCAUAGUCACCCCAGACUCAUCCAGCGCCAGCGAAGAGGCUUCCAGCUCCACACACAGCCACAAGACCUCCCGCACGUCCGGCACCAGAGAGAGAGUCCGCUUCAGUGACAAGAUCCUAUACCACGCGUUGUGCUGUGAUGAUGACGAGGAGGAUGAAGAGGAGAGAGAUGAGGAGAAGGGCGGCUGUGCGACCCCAGACACUGACGACAGUGAGCCCAGUUCUAGUCAAGCCGGCUCGCCCACACCACCGCUCUCCUCCUCAGAGCACUCCGUCCUCCAUAACUGUCUGGACACUUCUUAUGUCUCGUUACCAGUGAACGUGGCAGCGGGGACUCAUACGCUGCCUAGAAAGGGUCUUCUCAAUCCCGCAAGCUGCCGAAAAAAACUGCUACGGAACAGCAGCACACAGACUGUUUCAGAUAAAAGCACCCAAACUGUACUGCCCUAUAUUCCAGCCAAACAGAAAACAAAGGACCACUGA